CAUAUAACUUGUCAAAACCCUAACCUUUUGGCACCCCCACGAUCUUUCCCGCCGCCGGCUUGCCAUUCUCUUCACCUUGUGCUUAGAGUUCCGUUGUAGCUCCUAGCGUGCUAGCUCGGUGGCAGCAAUGGCGGUGGCUCAAACUGAUGUUAAGCUCUUCAAUCGCUGGUCUUUUGAUGAUGUUGAGGUCAGUGAUAUGUCAUUGAAUGAUUACAUUGCUGUUGUCCCAACCAAACAUGCCACAUUUCUGCCUCAUACUGCCGGGAGAUACUCCGUCAAGAGGUUUAGAAAGGCUCAAUGCCCUAUUGUUGAGAGGCUUACAAAUUCUCUGAUGAUGCAUGGACGAAACAACGGCAAGAAACUCAUGGCUGUUCGCAUUGUUAAACAUGCGAUGGAGAUUAUUCACCUGCUGACUGAUUUGAACCCAAUCCAAGUAAUAGUGGAUGCUGUUAUUAACAGUGGUCCUAGGGAAGAUGCAACUAGGAUUGGGUCCGCUGGUGUUGUUAGACGGCAGGCUGUUGAUAUUUCCCCGUUGAGGAGGGUGAAUCAAGCAAUAUAUCUCCUCACAACUGGUGCCAGGGAGAGUGCAUUCAGAAACAUCAAGACCAUUGCAGAAUGCCUUGCAGAUGAACUGAUUAAUGCUGCAAAGGGAUCUUCCAACAGUUAUGCCAUCAAGAAGAAGGAUGAGAUUGAACGUGUCGCCAAGGCUAAUAGGUGAACCAAAACCCUGCUGUAUGGACCCAGACUUGAAAAAGCCUCCUGUCUGAUAUGCUUGCGGUUUCCCUUAUUACUUUUAAUGCGCAUGACGAACCAAGUGAUUUUGUUUUGAUAUCUAAUUUAUUUGAAAGAAUUGUUAUUCAUGAACCUAGCAAAAUUUUUGGUUUAAGAGUCAAGAUUGCUGUCUAUUGUGCGGCGUGCUUGAAAGGGUGUGACCAGUUAAAUGGCUUGCUGUCGUUAUCUGCUA